AUGUCAGGAAGAGGCAAAGGAGGAAAAGGUCUUGGAAAGGGGGGCGCCAAGCGUCACAGGAAAGUCCUUAGAGAUAACAUCCAGGGUAUUACCAAGCCCGCCAUCCGUCGUCUUGCACGUAGAGGUGGAGUCAAACGUAUCUCUGGACUCAUUUACGAGGAGACCCGUGGUGUAUUGAAAGUUUUCCUUGAGAACGUGAUUCGUGAUGCUGUCACCUACACCGAGCACGCCAAGAGAAAGACAGUCACAGCCAUGGAUGUUGUCUACGCCCUCAAGAGACAGGGACGCACCCUUUACGGAUUCGGUGGUUAG